CGCAACGGAACCUUCCCCCCAGGCUGGCCAAGCGCCUGCCGUUGGAAGGGCUCGUGUGGCCCGACGCCGGCCAGGCUGCGCUAAAGGGGACUCGGCCAGGGCGGCCGUUCCGCACGUGGGCUUCGCCUCUCCUCUGCCCGGCGCGCCCCUGCCAUGAUCAUGAAGGAGGCCAGCGACUCCAAGGACCAGCAGCUGACGGUGGCCCUUCGCAUACGGCCGAUCAGCAUGGCAGAGCUGGACGAAGGAGCCACACUCAUAGCCCACAAAGUGGAUGCUCAGAUGGUCGUCCUGAUGGAUCCAAUGGAGGACCCCGAUGAUGUGCUACGCGCUAACCGCUCUCGGGAGAAAUCCUACAUGUUUGAUGUUGCCUUUGAUUUUGCUGCUACACAGGAGAUGGUCUACCGUGCCACCACCAAGGGCCUCAUAGAAGGUGUCAUCUCUGGAUACAAUGCUACUGUUUUUGCCUAUGGCCCCACUGGGUGCGGAAAGACCUAUACCAUGCUUGGCACUGACAAUGAACCUGGAAUCUAUGUACGGACGCUCAACGAUCUUUUCCAUUCUAUUGAGGAGACCAGCAACGACAUGGAGUAUGAAGUGUCCAUGUCCUACCUAGAGAUCUACAACGAGAUGAUCCGGGACCUGCUCAACCCUUCCCUUGGCUACCUGGAUCUGCGUGAAGAUUCCAGGGGUAUAAUCCAAGUGGCCGGUAUUACUGAGGUGUCCACCAUCAACGCGAAAGAGAUAAUGCAGCUGCUGAUGAAGGGCAAUAAGCAGCGGACCCAAGAGUCCACAGCGGCCAACCGGGCUUCCUCACGCUCCCACGCUGUGCUGCAGGUCACCGUGCGCCAGAAGAGCCGCAUUAAGAAUAUUAUGCAGGAGGUGCGCGUGGGCCGACUCUUCAUGAUUGACUUAGCUGGCUCUGAGCGGGCCUCGCAGACACAGAACCGUGGGCAGCGAAUGAAGGAGGGCGCUCACAUCAACCGCUCCCUGCUGGCUCUUGGCAACUGUAUCAACGCUCUCAGCGACAGGGCAGGCGUCAAGUAUGUCAAUUACCGGGACAGCAAGCUCACUCGCCUUCUCAAGGACUCACUUGGUGGGAACAGCCGGACGGUGAUGAUAGCUCAUAUCAGCCCUGCCAGCAGUGCCUUCGAGGAGUCACGGAGCACCCUGACCUAUGCCGAGCGUGCCAAGAGUAUCCGCACCACAGUAAAGCGUAAUCUUCUUAAUGUCUCCUAUCACAUCGCCCAGUACACGAGCAUCAUUGCUGACCUUCGGAGUGAGAUCCAGAGGCUACAGCGGAAGAUCGAGCAGCAAGAGCCGCGCCCAUUGCGACCUGACAUCCGUAGUAUUCAAGCCGAAGUGCAGCUCCAUGGCAACCCCUUUGAGAGGCAGGAGAUGGACCAGCUGAGAGAACAGCUGAUUAGCACCUUCCGGGAACAGAUGGAGGUGCGGCGCCACCUCAUGGAGCUGGAAAACAAUUACAUGGAGAUCCAAAUUGAGAGCUCCCGCCACCUGAUCACCAUUUCCAACUGGGACCAGGAGAAGACACGCCGUGCCCAGAAAUGGCAAGAAGAACAAAGGAAAGAGAGCUACAGGAAAGACGAAUGUGAGAAGGAUUCUGACACCGGCGACGAGUUGUCAGAUGUUCCAGAGCCACAAGAAGUGACAUUAGCUAGGGAACAUAUCGCCGCCCUCCAGGAGGAGCAAGAUAAACUUCACAAACAGAAGGCUGAGCUGGAGAGGAGGUUCUGGGAGGUGCAGCAGCGUGGCCACCGGCUAGAGGAGGCCUUGCCGUGGCGCAUCAGCUCUGAAGAACAGCGGGAGGUCCUGAGCCUACUGUGCAAGGUACAUGAGCUAGAAGUGGAGAACACAGCCAUGCAGUCGGGGGCCCUGCUCAAGGACAACCUCAUCCGGCACCAGGAGCGAACUGUGCGCCGCUUCGAGCGCCACUGGAACCUUUGCCAUCGCAUCAUUCAUGAACAAAGGCGGUUCAUUCACGAGUCUCAGCUGUUGGUGCCAUCCCACCUGGAAGAAAUGUACCAAACUUACUUGCAUGAACUGGAGGAGGGCAGUUUGGACCGUGUGGCUGCCAUUGACCGUGCCGCUGCUAGAGCCUUGAAGGACACAUCGGUGGCAAAGCUCCCCCCUCUCGCGGUGGAAACCAUCCUGGACUCAGACCAAGAGAGUGUCAAGACCCUGGGCUCUGAGCAUCAGCAGCUACCACAGCGAGAUUCUCGGAGGAGCAUUCUCCCUCCCCUCGUUCCCGAGACAGACAGCAGUGAAGCCAGUCAGGUAUUCAAGACCAGUUCUCGGGCCAGGCAGUUGAAGAAUUCAGCAGUAGUGACACCACCUCCUAUCCACGUCAACGGCGUGAUCAGCCAAGAGUACCUACCCCGAGACAGUCUGGUUAGCUUGGGUAGCCAACGAAAUUCUUCCCCCGACAGCAGCGAUCACUGCUCUGACGGCAUCCUGACACGUGGAGAGCGCAAGGCGAUAGUGUGCGGCACCAAGAGCAUUGCUGUGAAGGCUGCCCGCCGCCGCUCCCGAGUGCUGGAAUCUGACCGCCUGAACCUGCUGGAGCCCACCAAGGAGUGCAGCAGCCUAUCCCUACACUCGCUAAGUGAGAGCGAGGACCCCUUGUGCCGGGAGACGCCUGCCCUCUGCCAGCCAACCAGCCCCAGCCUGCAACAUGCUGUCAGUGAGGACAACCUGUCCAGCAGCACGGGGGAAACUGUCCCAGGAAGGCAUGCCCCCCGGCACUCCCCUGGACCCUGGCUCCGGGUGAACAAAAAGGGGGGCAAGAAGCAGGAGAAGAAGGAGGAAUCACUAGAAGCCAAGAGGAGGAAGCGGAGGUCACGGUCCUUUGAGGUCACUGGCCACAGGCUCCCGUGUCUGAAGAACAACAUUGCCCACCACCAUCCACUAGAAAGCAAUUCUGAGCACAAGAUAAUGGCUGCAGGAGGGUCGUCCAACACUCGAGCCAUUGGAAAAGCUGCAGUGCAGUUAUCUAGAGUGAGACUACUGCAGGCCCAGCCCUCAUCAGGCCCCACUGAGACUUCUCCUCUCUUUGUCUCCUCCAACCAAACUGGUAUAUCCAAGAAAGUGACCUAUCCCAGCCACCGUCCACGUUUGAACUAUAUCACAGUGAAUGGGGCCAACGCUAACAGCAAGGACGGCAGAAACCGACGAUGUCAAGAACAGAGGUUAUAAACCUCUAGAGAUGUGUUUGGUGCCCACUCAGGAAGCAAAGCAGGAAGAGUCAUUGUGAGAAGACGGUUGCCGCACAAAUGGCCGUGGCAACCCAGAAGAAUGCACUGGAGUUUCUGGCUGCAGGUGUUACUGUCAAGAUUUUCUCUUGCCUUGAACGUGUUUCAGCUCCAAGAGAAGAUACCCCAGGUUGAACUAAGUAACUCCUUAGAUGGUCAGGACCAUGUACCCCCAGAGGUAUCUAUUGUCUUCUGUAACAAGGACUGAACUGGAAAAGCCCUUUCUCUGCAAGCACAAACUCUCUGCUUAGUUUUAAACAGAAGCACUUGCAGCUCUGUUGUGCCCUUGUGCUAGAGGGCGGAGAAUACCACACAACUUCUGCUCAAUCUAUAAAGAGACUGGUCGCCCCAUGCUGUGUGUGUGCACUAAAUUUUUGCAUCACAUUAAGUAGUUGAAUACAU